GUGGAGCCCUCACGCCCUGGUCAAUCCCGCUCUCCUCAUGGGGCGCGCUAAACUCAACCGAUAAUAUAUUUUUUUUAUUCACCAGUGACUGGGACCAAGUGAUAGUGAUACGAGCUGACGGCAACGUAGAAAUCCCACCAUGGAGGACGCUCACACGAAAUCCGUGGAAGAAGUCCUAGGAUAUUUUGGCACAGAUCCAGACAAGGGCCUUAGCCCAGACCAAAUCAAGAGAAACCAAGAAAAGUAUGGACCAAAUGAACUUCCCGCGGAAGAAGGUAAGAGUAUAUGGCAAUUAGUAUUGGAACAAUUCGACGACCUCCUAGUAAAGAUUUUGCUGUUAGCUGCUAUUAUUUCAUUCGUAUUAGCUUUAUUUGAAGAACACGAAGAUGCUUUCUCAGCGUUCGUAGAGCCCUUCGUUAUUUUACUUAUUCUAAUCGCUAACGCUGUAGUAGGAGUAUGGCAGGAAAGAAACGCAGAAUCCGCCAUAGAAGCUUUAAAAGAAUACGAACCCGAAAUGGGUAAAGUGGUGCGAGGCGACAAGUCCGGCGUGCAGAAGGUGCGCGCCCGCGAGAUCGUGCCCGGCGACGUGGUGGAGGUGUCCGUGGGCGACAAGAUCCCCGCUGACAUCCGCCUCAUCAAGAUCUACUCCACCACCAUCCGCAUCGACCAGUCCAUCCUCACCGGCGAGUCCGUGUCCGUCAUCAAGCACACCGACGCCAUCCCCGACCCCCGCGCCGUCAACCAGGACAAGAAGAACAUCCUCUUCUCCGGCACCAACGUCGCCGCCGGCAAGGCGCGCGGCGUCGUCAUCGGCACCGGCCUCAACACCGCCAUCGGCAAGAUCCGCACUGAGAUGUCCGAGACCGAGGAGAUCAAGACCCCUCUACAGCAGAAGCUCGACGAGUUCGGCGAGCAGCUGUCCAAGGUCAUCUCCGUCAUCUGCGUCGCCGUGUGGGCCAUCAACAUCGGCCACUUCAACGACCCCGCCCACGGCGGCAGCUGGAUCAAGGGCGCCGUCUACUACUUCAAGAUCGCCGUCGCGCUCGCCGUCGCCGCCAUCCCCGAGGGCCUGCCCGCCGUCAUCACCACCUGCCUCGCGCUCGGCACCCGCCGCAUGGCUAAGAAGAACGCUAUCGUGCGCUCCCUGCCCUCCGUCGAGACCCUCGGCUGCACCUCCGUCAUCUGCUCCGACAAGACCGGCACGCUCACCACCAACCAGAUGUCCGUCUCGCGCAUGUUCAUCUUCGAGAAGAUCGAAGGCGGCGACAGCAGCUUCCUCGAGUUCGAGAUCACCGGCUCCACGUACGAGCCCAUCGGCGAUGUGUACCUGAAGGGCCAGAAGGUGAAGGCGGCCGAGUUCGAUACGCUCCACGAGCUGGGCACCAUCUGCGUCAUGUGCAACGACUCCGCCAUCGACUUCAACGAGUUCAAGCAGGCCUUCGAGAAGGUCGGCGAGGCCACCGAGACCGCGCUCAUCGUGCUCGCCGAGAAGAUGAACCCCUUCAACGUGCCCAAGACCGGCCUCGACCGCCGCUCCUCCGCCAUCGUCGUGCGCCAGGAGAUCGAGACCAAGUGGAAGAAGGAGUUCACCCUGGAGUUCUCCCGCGACAGGAAGUCCAUGUCCACCUACUGCACGCCGCUCAAGCCCUCGCGCCUCGGAACCGGCCCCAAGCUGUUCGUCAAGGGCGCGCCCGAGGGCGUCCUGGACCGCUGCAGCCACGCCCGCGUCGGCACCAGCAAAGUGCCCCUCAACUCGACCCUCAAGAACCGCAUUCUGGAGCUCACUCGCCAGUACGGUACCGGCCGCGACACUCUGCGCUGCCUGGCGCUGGCCACCUCCGACAACCCGAUGAAGCCGGAGGAGAUGGACCUGGGCGACUCGACCAAGUUCUUCACGUACGAGGUGAACCUGACGUUCGUCGGUGUGGUGGGCAUGUUGGACCCCCCGCGUAAGGAGGUGUUCGACUCCAUCGUCCGCUGCCGCGCCGCCGGCAUCCGCGUCAUCGUCAUCACUGGCGACAACAAGGCCACAGCUGAAGCUAUCUGCAGGCGUAUCGGCGUGUUCACUGAGGACGAAGACACGACCGGCAAGUCCUUCUCUGGUCGCGAGUUCGAUGACCUGCCAGUGUCGGAGCAACGCAACGCGUGCGCCAAGGCCCGCCUCUUCUCCCGCGUCGAGCCCGCCCACAAGUCCAAGAUUGUUGAGUACCUGCAGAGCAUGAACGAGAUCUCCGCUAUGACGGGUGACGGUGUGAACGACGCGCCCGCCCUCAAGAAGGCCGAGAUCGGUAUCGCCAUGGGCUCCGGAACCGCCGUCGCCAAGUCCGCCGCCGAAAUGGUGCUCGCUGACGACAACUUCUCAUCCAUCGUAGCUGCUGUUGAGGAAGGUCGCGCCAUCUACAACAACAUGAAGCAGUUCAUCCGUUACCUGAUCUCGUCCAACAUCGGUGAGGUGGUCUCCAUCUUCCUGACCGCCGCCCUGGGUCUGCCCGAGGCGCUCAUCCCCGUCCAGCUGCUGUGGGUCAACUUGGUAACUGACGGUCUGCCCGCCACCGCGCUCGGCUUCAACCCGCCCGAUCUUGACAUCAUGAACAAACCACCCCGCAAGGCCGACGAGGGUCUGAUCUCCGGAUGGCUGUUCUUCAGGUACAUGGCUAUCGGUGGCUACGUAGGCGCGGCGACAGUCGGCGCUGCGUCGUGGUGGUUCAUGUACUCCCCCUACGGACCCCAGAUGAGCUACUGGCAGCUCACCCACCAUCUCCAGUGCCUCGGCAACACUGAGGACUUCAAGGGUAUUGACUGCAAGAUCUUCACUGACCCCCACCCGAUGACCAUGGCUCUCUCUGUGCUGGUCACCAUCGAGAUGUUGAACGCCAUGAACAGUCUGUCGGAGAACCAAUCCCUGGUCACCAUGCCACCAUGGUCCAACAUGUGGCUCGUGGGCUCCAUGGCCCUCUCAUUCACACUCCACUUCGUCAUUCUAUAUGUUGAAGUUUUAUCGGCGGUAUUCCAAGUGACGCCGCUGUCGGUGGACGAGUGGAUGACGGUGAUGAAGUUCUCCAUCCCCGUGGUGCUGCUGGACGAGGUGCUCAAGUUCGUCGCGCGCAAGAUUAGCGACGGUGAGAGCGGCGUGGCCCACUGGUUCAACGGCAUGCAGUGGAUUGUGCUAAUGUGGGCCGUGUUUUUUGGCAUCAUCACCUACGGACCCCUAUAAGUCACCUAACCCCAUUGAGUACGCUAUCCACAUAUAAAUUGAUGUAAUAAGGAUUUAAUAGUUGCUCGAACAUUCAACGAUGUCUACUAUUUAGUAGGACAAUGCCUGUUAGUGGAAAUCUAUUGAGCGAAUAUCAUGUCUUUUCUUUUUAUAUGAAUAACAAGAGAUAACGUGAUCGACAAUGGAUAACAGGUGUUAGUGAAAUUGGGUUAGACGUAGAGUAAUAUCAAAACUAUGGCAAAAUUUUAAAAUAUUUUUUAAUUUUGUUAUCGUCUUUUUAUUCUUACUUUGUCGCAGUCUUUCUGGAUAGUGACAGACAGUUGAAUCUUCGAGGUCAAUAAUGUUACAAGUUUCAAUCUUUUAAUGUUGUUAAGUUGAGCUAGCAGCACUUUCAAGUUUCUGUUCUCUGCUUUUACAUAGUAAGAUACUUAGUAAAUUACUAUGUAGAACGGAUAGAGACUUCAAAACAAUAUAACAUAAUUAAAGACAGAAAUAGUAAGCUAUAAUGUGGAUAGCGUAUGAUGAGACUGUGGAAAUCUAUAAGACACUGAGCGCCCGCUCACCACAGUGCAGUCUAACAGUUUUUGAAUGCUAAUCCCAGAACACGUGUGUGAAGUGACCCUAGUGCACGAGCCCUGGACCAGGAACGAGGACAUAUAGUGAGUUGAACUGUGGUGGUGCUACCUGUCACCGGAGCGUUGAUCUGAAUAAUAUCUACGGACCCUUGUGAACGUAAACCUAACCUACAAGCUAAGAGCUCGCUUGACCCACAAGUGCAUCAAGGCAUAGUAAUAAGAUACCGUCAAACCCCAUUGUGCAUAUUAUAGCAUUGUUGCGUAUAGGUAAAAUUGAGAUCAAUGUUUCUAAUUCUGACUACUAAAAUAUCUGGUAGUGUUUAUAUUGUAUUUAUACAGCGACCGCAUUAGUGUCUACUGGUAUACGUGUAGGCGUCGGUGUGGUCCUAGCGUUAGGGUUAGUUCUAAUUGAGUGGAGACAGAGGCCUCCCGGCCGGCUCUUUGCAUUUUGCACGUGCGAGACAAUAAAUUUAUUUCAAUAAGUACAACGGAGUGUUCUGCAAUUGGGUAUUUUUUACAUUUUUUUUAUAUCAAAUUGUUAAUAUAGUGGCUGUGAAGAUGUUUAUCCUAAAUUGAAAUUGGAACACCAAAUUUAUUAAUAUUUUAUAUUUAUGAUGUUUACAUAAUAUUCUGUAAAGCAAUAUUAACUCAAUUUGUAUAAAUUAAUUUUAAAGAAAACCUCCGUUCGACACUUUAUAUUACUCGCACACUGCUCAGUACCUUGUCCGUAUGGACUGCAGACAUUUAAAAUAACUAGAUAUGUGCAUUGUUAGAUUAGCAUAAUUUAUUGUAAGUGUAUUAUUAGGGACGUUUCUAUAGUAAAUUUCGAUUAUAGGGUAUUGUUCUUCUGUCCUCUUCUAUGGUUGCUUCCUAACCAUUAUCAACGCAUUUCAAUCUUUUAGUUUAGUUUUGAACUCACAAUACCCUUACCCGAAGUGCAGUCUACUAGCAAAUUAACCAUUUGUAUAUCUUUCUUCUAAUUAUAACCAAGCAACCCGAUUUUUUUGUAUGGAUGCUUUAUAUUUAUCAAUCCAAUUUCUAAAAAUAUUUUUUCCAGUGUAAUACAUGGGUAUGUAAGUUAUUACAUGGAAUAUUUUAAAAAUACAUUUUAUCAAAAUUUUAUAGAUACUUUACAAUGGUUUUGGUAAAUUAGAAAUAACAUUUAAGAUACAUCAAAUGUAAUAGAGAACUUAAGAUAAUCUUAUUCACUGGAAUAUCUUUAUUGAAAAGAAUUUUUGAAUAAUAAGAUGAGUGUCUCAACAAAUUAUUUUGUUUCAAAAUAAUUAUAUAGUUAUAAUAUUUUGCAUGUGUGCGUACUGCAUGAGUUCUUGAGUGCAGAGAGUGAUUUAUUUUAUUAUUAUCAAUUAACUUUUAUAAACAUAGUUUGUUUUUUAGUUCCUGUUUCUAUGAUGACAAAAAUCCGUCACUUGCAUUGCCCCGUUUUUAGUUACUUAAUAAUAUUUUUAACAGAACAGUAAGCAGUAUAUUGGUAUUUUUAUUUUGCCAAGGAUAUCCCUGAGGAGAAAUAAGGAGCUAAAUGGCAAACCUUAAUUGAACUAUCUAAUAUAUUAUUAUGUGCACACAAUAUGUGCCAGUUCCGUUUUGGACGAGCUAAGAAUACACACACAUACACUGCACAGUUAAGGGCAUGCUCAACCUUGUUAUGAAUCCCUUUGUGUACCAUUCUAUAUCUAUCUGUACCAAACAUGUUUAUUAAAUAUACACAUUGACAUUGUUUACAA